UCGCCCUUCUCGACAUCACAGCCCCUUUCUCUCAAGGCGGCACAGCAUUAGUCCGCAGCAAGCUCGAGCUGCAGAAUAGCUGACUGACAUUGAGUGCACCCGCAGCAAUGCCCGUGCACCUCCUCCCUUACCUCGUCUCCUCGGGGUCCUCCAUCUCCCUCAUCCACCCAAAUGCCGUCCUCCUCGUCUCAUCCAUCCUCGUCCUCAUCAUCCUCCGACGAUGGAGCAACGGGGUAGACCUACUCGCUCGCCUGCACAUACGACAACAAGAACUCGACGAGAGGGCUAAAAAGGCCGAAAAGCUGGCGAGGGGGAAGAAGGGGAAAGGUGGACAAGACGAGGUGGGGAUCCCGAGCAAGGGCGGAGCGGCAGAACGCGAUCUCCACGGGACUACCUGGCUCGUCAGUGCUAGUCUAAUGGGCUCACCAGCCAGCCCUUCAUCUCUACUCGUCUUAGCUGGACUGGCAAGUCGAGGCGCCCAAUUGGUCGUCCUGCUCCCCUCGACGCACUUUGAGACCCUCGUCGAUGAAGACGAAAAGGAAGUGCGCCUGCCACGUCCUGCCGCUCUUCAGCUCUUGCAGCUCCUGAGAGACGGGGCGAACAAUGAGCUGAUAUUUGCAGAAGAAUGCGAUCUGCGCGACGUAGGCUGUGUGGAUCGCUUUGUGACCAAAUGGGCAGAAGGGGAGGGUGGCAGCAGUGAUGUCGGUGGUCUCGGAGCUGGGCCUGCUGGUGGGCGAGCAGCGAGCGGUCUGCUCAACCCUGGCGCGGCGGGCGGUGGGGCUCUCGGAGGUGGCGAUGGUCAGGACGUACCUGCUCCAGGUGGCAAGACGGCGAGGAGAUGUGACGGGCUGGUGCUGCUGCCUUACAGUCUCCAGGGGGAGCACGGUGGGAGCUACGAGUCACUGAAACGCGAGCACGCCGGACGCUUCCACCUCGUCAACUCCCUCCUGGCGUCACUACUCGUGCUUCCACCGCAGAGGGAUAUCAGGAUCGUGAUGUGGGUCAGCCCAUGGUAUGCUGCCGGUGUGAGGAGGUUUGAAGAGGAGGAGAGGAGGCGAGAGACGAGCACGGCUGGAGAUUCAAGUGCAGACGGGAUCUCAACAUCGGUCAAUGGGUCCAAGGCGCAAGCCAAAAAGCGCAAGAGCAAGGCUACGCCCGUUGACCCCGCUCCAGUUGCAACAGCGUCCAGCAAUUCAUCGCACCCGCUCAGCGUAACGACCUCCGGCUCCCUCACCCUUUCCUCCCUCCUCACCUACCUAGAGCUACAACGCCGUCUCAUCCUCCUGGCCGAAGCCGACCCGCGACCCCGCAACCCUCUGCCAGGCAUUCUCGACGACAAGGAUCACAAACGUUCGCAAUCACGACAUUGGCCCAACGUGAGCCUCAUCCCGAUCUGCCCAGGCUUCGAGCGCGUAGGAGAAGUGUGGAGUUGGGCUUGGCUAGGUUCCUCCUCUUCAUCGACGGCAUUGCCACUCAAGCUGGCCUCAGCAGUCAGAAAAGCAGCCGUCCUGCUCUGUUGGCCGCUCGCCCUCGUCUUUGCGAAAAGCCCCAAAGCCGCUGCAGACGAGAUCCUCUGGGGAUGUGUGGCUCCGCUGGAUGCGGAGGGUGGGGGAAGGAGCAUAUUGGCGCUCACUGGCGUGGAACAGGGAGUGGCUGGGUUGGAGGUCUUGCCCGAGGAAGGGGAUGCAGAGGGGAGCUGGAGAGGUAUUCAACCGGGCAGGCUCUACAGGCAGGGCAAGAUUGUCAGGCUGCCGGACGCUGCGCUGGCCGAUGGAAAGGUGGGGAGCAGAUUGAGUGCUGAAGCCCUUGCGAAGCGGUGGGAAAGGUGGGAGGGAGAGGUGAAGGAGAUGCAAGCGGGGGAGGCGUAGAAGGUGGUGCAUCUCAUGGAGGUACACAACAGCAUAGAGACAAUUAUCGCAUUUGACAACGAGGCCGAGAGCACGGUAGCAGAAGAGUCCGUCUGGCCGAGCAAGGAUAGUACAACGCAGAACGAAGAGAAGGGAGUCGAGAAUCGAAGACGAAGAACGGGCGAGAGUGGAAAGACGGUGUAAGCUUCGUGUGCCGUAAGAUUGGCAGCCAGGCGUCUCCUUUCAUGCCUUGCUGAAGGUCGGGGGGCAAUGACCAUCCGCCGAAUCUGGUAUAAGGCCUUUCUCCCCGCCUCUUACGCCAGGACCAACACAACCGCAGCCAUGAUCGCAACAGCGGCAGUGACCCCCU